CCAACCUGCAGCUUAAUUUCGACCCACUAAAAUAUUUGAACCUGCUCACUUAGUGCAAAUCACAGCGAACACUUUAUAGCGCCAAUCAGCAAUCUCAGCAAUGAUUCGUUCACGUGGCAGUAUACACACAAAUAACAGUAGAAGAAGCAACAACAACAAUACCAGCAAUAGCAGCAACAACACGAAUGACCAUAACAACUACUAUGGUAAUCUAUAUGGCAACGAUGACUAUGCGAGCUACAUACAAUCAGGCGAAGAUUCCUCUAGCCGCGGCACAAGCACAAUCACCGGCUCGCUGACCAACUCAACGGCGUCACUGCUGACCAACGAACAAGUGGAACAAGAGCAACAAGAACAACAACUACCAGUUGAACGCGACCCAUACAGAUUGCUGAAACCCAGAGCAAUAAAGGCGACAACAGGACCCGGGUAUCGCCAACCAUGGCGGCAAUCUAUGGUCGUUGCAUAUGAAGCGGCGCAGCAGACUGCAUUUGUGACGCCCAACUCAGGUCAAAAACUGCCACACUAUACGAAAUUGCAGUAUCCUGACGAUAUACGGUCGCAUAAAGCCGUUACGUCCACACUAGGGCCGCAAGCGAAGCCUGGCACUUUCUAUGCAAGCGAUUUGGAAAUGGAGGCGGAGAUUUUGCAACAACAACAGCAACAGCGGCAGCAAUUAAUACCAACGGCGAAGUCACACUCAACGGCUUGCAGUAUACGACGCAUACGUCGACCACGUCAAUGGGUGGCGCCGUUAAAGCGGCUUUCGCGCGCGGAAGCGACGGUGAAGUUGGGUUUGUUGCGUAAAGGACGUGAAUUCAUUUUUGAGUUUCUGCAAGGUUCCUCCAUACAUGGCUUUAUCUAUUUGGCGAAAAUCGGUCUCAGCAUAGUGGAGCGCAUGAUUUGGCUCGCCUUCAUCUGUGUGGCGCUCUUCGCCAUCAUUUCGUUGAGUAAACGUACUUGGGAACGUUUUCAAACUUCACCCAUGGUCAUAUCAAUGGAUCGGAAUAAGUUGGUGUGGAAUACGAGCUUUCCCUCGCUCACUGUUUGUCCACACAAGCGCAUCGAUGAGUUGAAAGUUGAGGAGUACAUGGACAACCAUGCCGAAACCUUUGAAUCGGAGCAGGAUCGUGUCGACUUUCGUGUUUUCAUCGAGAAGCUAGCGCGUCUCACCUACGAGAAUAUUGAGACACUGCCGCGUAAUAAAACUUUCGGCAUACCGAGCAGCAAGUAUCUGGAUUUGUUGUAUGAACUCAAAUGGAACUUCGAACCGGAAAUGAGUAGCGGCGCCGCCGUGCAAAUGUUCAUCUAUGAAACACUCACCGAAUUCGGUAUUUGUCAUUCGGUUAAUUCGCUUGUGGCCCGUUAUAAUUCUUAUGAUUACUGGAAACGCAACGACUGGAGCAUGUUAGACCAUGGCGAUCGCGUUACCGUUCACCCUCUCGAUGGCGAAAUUUAUGCACAAAUUAUAAAUCUCUCCACCGCAUAUGAUGUCUAUUUUCAUGGCGCAGGGGAUAUACCGAAUAUUUCAAAGCAGCGUUAUACUUUUCCAGAAACAGAUUAUACGACAGUCGAAUUGAUCGCAUUGGAGAUCUACACAGCGGAGGAGGCGAGAGCCUUCACCACCAAACAGCGCAAAUGCCGUUAUCAAUACGAGGCCGAAGAGAUGCUAACGUCACCGAUUUACAGCUUCGGCCUUUGCUUGGCCGAGUGUCGCAUGUUUUUCGCGCUUAAAGUGUGCGGUUGUGUGCCGCAUUUCUAUCGUAAUCGCUUGAAAAAUGGACGAGUUUUGCGUAUUUGCGACUUCGAUGGACUCGCCUGCCUGGAGGAUAUAAAAAGAGAUAUCAUCUCGCUCAAGUCCAGACGGUAUAAAAUCAAUUGUCAUUGCCUGUCAAAUUGCGAUGACUCCAAUUUCUUUGUGCAGUCCCAUCGUUCCAGAGUUUGGUUCUUGGGCGCAAAUCUCCAGUGGGGCAUUAUAGACUAUCCUAAAAUGCAGCUUAGACGCGAUGUACUCUUCUCAUUCGCUGAUGUGUUAGUUUACAUCGGCGGUCUAAUUGGCUUUUUCCUCGGUUGCAGUGCUUUAAGCUUCACGGAAGUCAUCUAUUAUUUCACCGCGCGUCUCGUGAAGAGAUUAUUUUGGACCUAAAACCCUACAUAUAAUAAAAAAAUAUAACAAGGGACGAACAAAUGAAUAAAAAAAUAAAAAAUAUGAAUUGACGCAUAUAAAAAGCUCUGAAGCUGAAAUUGCCGUCACUCUGGCUGGCCACAAACCAAUUUGUUUACGCACAAUACAAAUAUACGCACGAGUUGUUUUAAAAUUACAAUAAAUAAAUAUCCCCACUCAAUCCAGAACCUCUCAAAUUAACCUAACUAGCUACAUAAGCUUUGCACUCAACUACUUAUUAGACGCUGACAUGUAAAAAUUAACGAACCGCUGCCCAUACUACUCCGGCCACAUGAGAACUACUACAGUUAAUGGCGGUUAUUUAUGCCGGUAACGUCGCCAACAUGUUUACUUAAAGAGUACAACAACAAAAAUAACAAAGCUACAAGAUUGAACAAUAUUAAUACGUAGGCUUGUUUAUUGAGUAUAAACGCAGAAAAUUGUUGUGCAAAUAAACAAAUCAACAUUCGACAGAAAUUGUGGCACCACAAUCAAGUUUCCUUUGCAUUGAUACAGCAUAUUUCGGGAGUGUGAGGUUAGAAAAUGGCACAAUACCCUCGUAGUACCACCACAAAGGCCAUACCAACAGCAAAGUGACUCCACUGAAAACAGACGAAAAACUAAAUGACCACGCGUGGCAUCACAGUGGCGUCACCCGAAAUCAUGCGCCUCAUGGCAGCAGUCAGUAACUGUAUUGCCUUUCGAAUGUACAGGCAUAUGUGCGUAUAGCCUAUUUGCGACAAAUUGCCAUAAAUGACAAAGGGUAAAAUUCUGCAAAGGUUGUACAAUUUCCGACCAACGGAAUUUCACUUUGUACAUCAACGUAGAACACAUAAACGAAAGUUUUUUUUUAUUGUUCAUAAGUGGAGUCAGUCGGAACAGUCAGUCAAUUUGUCAAUAGUGGUAGUGGCAUUGGGGAAACCAGAAAAAUAUAUUGAUAAGUCAUUUGUACAUGUGUCAUUUUGACAAAGGCAAUAUACGUUUUCUGUGACAAUAGGGUGUUUCACAAGUUCACGUAUCGUAACUUUGAACUACAAAGGCUUCUUCCACAAACUUCUAUAAACGACCCUUCGAAUUUCUACGGAAUCACCCUUUAGGGGUGAAUUAUCAAAUUUAAUAUUAUUA